AGCACGCAGCGUCCCGCCUCCAACAUGGCGGCCCCCCUGCCCGGCAGAUGUGGCUUCUUCGUGAAGAAAAAGAAACGUUUCUGUAAAAUGAUCGUCGCUAGAGGGAAAGUGUUCUGUGGAGAGCACGCGACCAUGGAGGAAGGAAGCAGCAGGAGGAUCGUAUGUCCUCUGGACCCCACACACACUGUGAGUGAAGACAAAUUGAACAAACACCUGAAGAAGUGUAACUCCAGAGAGAAACCAAAACCAGUUUAUUAUGUGGAGAACAUCAAUGCUGGAUCAGCUGGAGACAAGACGCUGCAACAGGUGAGUCUGUCUGAGCGCAGCAGGACAGAGAUACAGUCUCUGUUGGACAAACUGAAGACAGCUGUCACAGGACUGCAGUGUGAUGUGGAGGACAGCGUUCUGUCUCACCCUGUCCUCCAGGAGGAACUCAACAACCCAAAGAAUGGAGACUCCGCCCACAAACACCUGAAGCAGCAGUCCUCUCUCUUAGGUCACUUGGAGGCGCUGGGGCUUCUGAGAAGGGGGCGGUGCUUCGUAGAGUUUGGAGCAGGUCGAGGCAAACUGUCUCACUGGAUCCAUGAAGCCCUGAAGACCGGAGAUCAAGUGGAGACCAGAGACCAGGUGGAGACCAGAGACCAGCAGGACACCAGUGAGGACCUGCAGCUGCUGCUGGUGGAGCGCUGCAGCACUCGCUUCAAGGUUGAUGGGAAACAUCAGGACACAGGUGCUGACUUUGAGAGGCUUCAGGUGGACAUCCAACACCUGGAUCUGAGUAAAGUCCAGCUGAUCACGCAGAAGAAGCUCCCGCUGGUCGCGGUCGGGAAACACCUGUGUGGAGCGGCGACAGAUCUGGCUCUGCGCUGUCUGCUGGGAAAACCAGGACCCGGAGAGGAGACCGGACCGCCAGCCCUCAAACGCCUCAAAACUUCGGAACCAGCUGAUUCAAGAGAUCUGCCAGAUCCUGGUCCUGGUCCUGGUCCUAGUCCUGGUCCUGGUCCUGGUCCUAGUCCUGGUCCUGGUCCUGGUCCUAGUCCUAGUCCUAGUCCUGGUCCUGGUCCUGGUCCUAGUCCUAGUCCUGGUCCUAGUCCUAGUCCUGGUCCUGGUCCUGUGCUGGGCCUGGCAGUGGCGCUGUGCUGUCACCAUCGCUGUGAGUGGCGUCACUAUGUCGGGCAGCAGUUCUUCGAGCAGCGAGGACUUGGAGCUGCAGAGUUCUCAGCGUUCUGUCGGAUGUCCAGUUGGGCCACAUGUGGACUUAGACCGACCUAUCAGGACGGUCCACCUCAGGAUUCGACCAAUCAGAGAGGAGACGAUGAAGAGCACGAGCCGGCAGAGGAGACAGACAUUGUGGGCAGCUUCCUGUCGGCAGACGAACGCCAGCGUGUCGGUCGUCUCUGUAAACGUCUGAUUGACGGCGGCAGACUGCACUUCCUGAAGUCGAAAGGAUUUGACAGCAAACUGAGCGGUUACGUGAGCAGUCACGUGACUCUGGAGAACAUCCUGCUGAGCGCCGUCCCCUCGUCUCCGUCCUGAAGGUCAAACUGAGACAAAGUCUCAGAGUUUCUGUCCAUGUGUAAAUGUUACGUAAUAAAGUCUGACUGGAGUUCA